AUGCCCGCUCCCGACUGCGACGACCCUGCCUCCACCGUGCCGCUGGAUGGCUUGCAUAUUGACCUGCCCUCGGAACAGCAGCAGACAGUCGUCCACACGAGCCCAGACAGCCCUACCAAAACGCCGAGCUCCUCGUGCUCUCGCAGCUCAUCCCUCUCGCUCUCGCGGAAGCGGUCCGUCGCGAGCAUGAAGGACCUCAUGCCGCUAACCCUAUCCGCUUCAGCCUCGAGUUACACAAGUCCGGUGCUUGCUGACGACGUCCUGAAGGACAGGGUCAACGACUACCUGCCUGAGCUGCUGGCCCAGGACUUGGAAGUCUCUGGCGACCUGUUCGCAGCUAAACGAAUGAGUGCGGGCGCACCAUCGUAUUCGCUCGUCGCCGACUACAUGACGCGAGCCAAGGCUGCUGGGUAUUGUGCCAAUCGACUCAGCACUGCCAGUUUAUAUCAACCAGCGUCCGCCCGGGUCCAGGUUCUCGGCGCCAUUGAAGAACGAGACUCGAGUGCUGCCCUCUUUGAGCAGCAAGAACACCAGCAACACCGCCACAGCAGCGGCUACCCAGACACAUCCGACAUGGACGACAUUUCCAGCGAGGAUGGCUCGUUUGGAAUGCCUCCUCCCUCAUUCCGCUACCGCCGAAACAUGUCCGUCAUUACAUCGGCCACUUCCUUCACCGAGUCGGCACCGAAACACUCUCCCCAGCCCUCACCGCGGCGCCUACGGCCUACCCGCUGCAGCUGGAUUGACGGUGACUCUGAUUCUGGCUCUGACAUGGACAUUGACGAGGAUGAGGUUGAUGAUUUUUUACCCGAACCACUUUCACCUCUUUUUCUUGCGUCCCCCACGUCGCCUACAAUGGCGCAUCAUCAUCUCAACUACGAACAAUCUAUAUCCGCGUGUCGUAGCCGGCUCGUACGCAAAAAGUCUCAUUUGCUCACCGGGGUGCCGCCCAGUGCGUCAUCCAUGAGCGAGACAAGAAUGUCAUUGAAACCUGCAGUGGCAUAUGGUUCCUACACCACGCCGUCCAAUCGCACAAGCUUCAUUGCACAAGAGUUUCAGCGAGCCACAUCACCCAGCCUGCCUGCCGCCGAGCAACGGACCCCCGUGUCACACACCCGUCCCUCGACACCUCCACCCGUGCCGCAAAAACAUCACCGAAGGAUCUCGAAGCUGAGCGAGGAGAGCCUCUCAAGACAAAACCAGCCGCUCGCCGUCUCUGCCGUCACCGCCCGCCCACCAGCGCUCACACUGGAAUCACCACCCAUGAGCGACGCGCACACGUCAGAUGCCGAGAUUGACGAGGACGCUCCACAGCACGACCCAGCGGCAUCUUGGCGCGGUGACCUGGACGUGGACUACUCCAGGACAACACCGCCGGCCUCGCCGCCUCGGCACUUUGUCACCUGGGCCAACGCGGCGACGCCGUACGUGCCCAACUUUGGCGGCGACGAGCUGGCCAGGGUCGUGCCGCUGCCGCCGGAUGUGGUCGAGACCCUGCGCGUCUCGGUUGCGUGCUUCCCCGAGACAAUCCUCCUGUCGUCGAGCCUGACGAUUGAGACGAUCCGAUCGUACUCGAAGAAGAUGAGACAUCCCGAGACGGACCUCCUGAGACUUGCAUCGCCCGCGACUCUCCAAGACAACAACAGCAGCAGCAGCAGCAGCGGCAAUCAUCACAGCGGGAAAAGAUCGCUCUGGAACAAGGUCAACCCGCUCCGCAAAGCAUCGUCCUCGAGCCUGCGGCACAGCGCCGUCGCGCGCUCUGCCAGCGGAAGCCGCGCGGGCAGCAUCAGCGCCGCCCCCGCCGCCGCCGUCGCCGACGCGCAAAAGGCGUGGAGCGCCAUCCAAAACGUCUUUGGCACCUGCUCCGAGUACAUCUGCGACGCGCUCUUUGCGCACAUCAUGGCCUACAACUACGUCUCUGCGCUGCUCGCCCGCGCGAGCCUCCCGGGGCGUCAUCCGAGCGGCGGCGGCGGCGGCGGCGGUCGGCCGUCAACGGCGGCAACGGUCGCCGCAGACCAGAAGCGAGACGACAUUCCCAGAAAGGCCGCCUCCCUGCUCGGCCUCGACGACGGCGGCGGCGGCAGCCGCCUGGGCCGGCGCACGAGCACCAUGACCAGCACCCUCCUCCUCGCGCGGCCGUGGUCCAGAGACGGCUUGCUGCCUACCACGGCGCCGAGUGCGGGCAGCAGCAGCAGCGACGCCCCGGUCAGGACCGUGCACGAGGGCCUGUACAGGUGCAUCGUGCGACUCAUUGCCACGGCGCGUCUCACGUCUGCGAGCGGGCGGCUGGACGAGCCCAUUGUCGACGCCGACGCCACCGAGGCCGACGCCUUGUUUAUGAGAAGUCUCUGCGAGAUUGUGCGACUUGUGGAGGAGACGUCGUAA